GAGAGAGAGAGAGUGUGGGGUGGUGUUAUGCAGUGAACAAAUAACAACAGUGGAAGAGAGAAAGGAAAUCCCUUCUUAAACAGAAAAAAGAAGCAAGUUCAGGAGGGAAACGGGAGCGGACGGAGAGAAAAGAGCCACUUCAGGGACUAUACACUGGUGAAAAGGAGAUAGAGAGACACUGAGAGAGAGAGAGAGAGAGAGAGAGAGAGAGAGAGAGGGGACAGGAAGCAGCUAUCUCUCCAUCUCUUCCCAUGGUGUUGUAGGUGUCUAUGGGUCUGUCCGUCAAAGCGGGACGACAGCGGGACGCACUCACGCACACGCCCGGCUCUCUCACGCUGAUGACUUUGCUUCUGUGUGUGUCUGCAGAUGGCCAACCUUGUGACGUCGCUGUGCUGUGUCGUUCUGGCCGCGGUGGUGGUCGCCUACGCGCAGAGACGCAGUCAGCUCGUUGCCAGGAACCAGUAUGAGCGAAUGGCGAGCGAUGUCACCAUGCAGUGCGGCUCCCUGGACAACGACGCGUCCGUGUCCUGGAAGGUGAACGGGACGGACGUGAAGGCCCAGCACCGCCUGGAGGGUCCGCGGCUGAUCCUGGCCGCGGUCAACCUGGGCCACAACGGACUCUACAGCUGCUUCCAGAACCCGCACGGCGAGAGGCGUGACACCAUCUUCCUCCACAUCGGCAUUUCCCCUCAGGAGCCCACAGUCUACUGUCGAUCCAACGCCUACCCCAAAGGUUUCUACUGCAGCUGGCACCAGCUGUACGCAACGUACAUCCCCACCACGUUUGAAGUGGACGUACAACAUAACCAGCGUUCGCUGGAGGUGCAGAAAGACUCCGUGCACAAGAACCGCUGCCACGUGCGGUUCCCCGAGGUCUUCUCCAGCUUCCCUUACAAAGUCAACGUGACGGCGGUCAACGCCCUGGGGAAAGCCUCGACCACCAUCUCCUUCGAGGAGUCCACUAUAGUCAAACCGGACCCGCCAGAGCGAGUGACGGCGACGCCCAUCCGCUUCAACGCUCGGAGGCUGGAGGUGUCCUGGCACAGCCCCGCCACCUGGCCCGACAUCGACAACUUCCCCCUGAAAUACUUCCUUCGAUACCGGCCGCUCAUCCGAGACCAGUGGCAGCAUGUGGAGCUUUCCGACAGCACCUCCCACACCAUCACCGACGCCUACGCCGGGAAGGAAUACAUCAUCCAGGUGGCGGCCAAGGACACAGAGAUCGGGACGUGGAGCGACUGGAGCGUCGCCGUCCAUUCCACACCCUGGAUUGAAGAUCCUCUGCCCAUCACCUCCACAACCGAAGGGGACUUUCCCACCGAGACCAAGACAUCUCCCAUACCAUCUUCCAACGCACCGCAAAAGGCCGAACCUCCGGUGGGCAGAGCUGCCCGGGUCUUCACCUUCUUCUCCCCGUUGCUGUUAGGAAUGUUGCUGCUGUUCAUCUGAUCUAAACGUGUCAAAGGAGAGGACGCGUGAGAGGAGGAGGAGGAGGAGGAGGAGGUGGAGGAGGAAGAGGAAGAGCAGGCGGCUGGUCUUUUUUCUAUUUUGCACAUGUUGUUUUAAAGGAUACAGUGCAUUGAUCAUUUCACACAGUUACUCACCCAGGUUACUUAGACAUGAACUCAGACAAUGACAAUGCGGUUCAGCAUUUUUAUUUUUAUUUUUUGAUUAAAUGGUGACGACGAAGAUGUUCUGAGGGAAACUUCUGAAAGCGGCAUCGUCAUCAACAGCAGCGACGACCACCACAACAACAACAACAACAACAACAACAACAACAACAACAGCAGCAGCAGCAGCAGCAGCAGCAGCAGCAGCAGUGAAAUCAGCACCAAUAGUCUUAUAUCGCCCCCUGGUGGCUCUGACGGGCCACAGCAACAACUGACUUGUUUUUGGAAGACGGCAGUUUGAAUAUGGAAAAAAACAAACCUCCUCCGCUGCGCAACAAAAUCAACUCACAAGAUGAGGAAAAAAACCUUUGCCGUUCUUUUUUUUAUUCAUCAAUCGAUUCGUCCCGAUUUUGAAACUGCCCUCUUAAAAAAAACGUAGCGCUGCACAGACAAACACACGCGCGCACACACAUGUAUAGAGCUUGUGUGUGUUUGUGUGUAUAGUUACCAUACCCCCCCCCAUACAGCUAAAUCAUCAUGCCAAAGACUCAACUUCACCCCCCGAACAAAAUGGUUCCCAAACAAUUCCCUGAGCUUCCUGAAAGCUUGUGCCUGCCUUCGUCACGGGUUGAGAACCCCCGGAAAUUGUGUGUGUGUGCGUGAGUGUGUGUGUGUGUGUGAGUGUGUGUGUGAGUGAGUGUGUGUCCUUAUCAAUAACGGUAUAGGAAUCAAACUUUGGGACGAAACUGAGGAUACCCCGCAGCUCCUGUUUGUAUGAACCAGAGCGGUCACAGAUUUAGCCGACACUCAAUCAGCCUCUGAAUCUGUUCGCCUCCGACUCCGGCGAGUCAAACGUGACGCAGCGAUUCGUUGUUUGGUUUCGUUUUCUCGACACGAGGACUAACACUUUUUGGGGAUUUCCGGUAACAGUAGUCGGGCUUGUUUAGACAAUUAGCUUUACAUUCUGCUUUUCGGCGGCGACCGGCGAAGGAGGAGGAGGAGGAGGAGGAGGACCUGGAUUUGUUAAAGAGGAUUUCAGUGGAUUUGAGACUGAGCGGUUCUUUGGCCACACCCACAUUUGUUUGGUUUGUUUGUUUUUCGACUUUGUAGCGACGGCGACCAAGUCGGCGACUGAAGCAUCGAUAGGAGCGACGUUAGGUUUUUUGGUUCCAUUCUGCUCUGUGCUGUAAAAUACAAUAACACAAAGAUGUUGUUUGCGUUUCAAAAUUCAAGACGCCUUUACAAAAACACAAAAAAAAAAAAUGUCUUAUUGCAGUUUACAUUUCAGUAGCCAAUAUCACCAGUUAAUAUUAUGUUAUUCAAAAGGAAUAUCGAUGUGUUUUAUUGUAAUUUUUUUUAUUUUACGGACAAAUAAUAGAAAAAACACACACAUAUAGGACUUUAGUUUUUCUUUUCUUUUUUUCAGACAUUCAUAAUGGCUUAAUUCUCCUUGAUCCUAUUUUGUAAACUAUGAUAUGUAACUUUAACAUUGAACAAAAAGUUUAUUAUUUAAUAAUAAUAAUAAUAAUAAUGUAUGUAUUUAGCAGUAGAAUGUCGUAACCUGUACCUGGGGUCUUUUUUAUAGAUGUAUAUACAAUGACAGGUUUCAACCAUUAAAUGUGACCAUUUCACAAUGAAUGAUGA